AUGCAGUACCAUGUCGUCGCCCUUUGCGCCAUUGUGGCUUCUGUGACUGCGGGUGGACUUGGAGGCUACGGACUUGGAGGCCUUGGCUACGGAGGAUAUGGACUCGGCUACGGUGGAGGCCUUGGCUACGGUGGAGGCCUUGGCUACGGUGGAGGCUUAGGCUACGGUGGAGGCCUAGGCUACGGGGGAGGCCUGGGAUAUGGUGGAGGGCUGGGUUACGGAGGCGGCUACGGCGUCAGCGGUGUGGGCGUGGGCAGCAGCGUGGCCCUAUUGAGCGGAGGACCUGCUUUCGCCAAGGUUGUGGCUGGCCCUGCUUUCGUCGUUAGGUCUGUGCAUCACGUGAACAAGGUUAGCGGAGGAGGAGCCCUUCUCGCUCACUCAGGUCUCGGCGGAGGAUACGGAAGAGGCGUCGGCUACGGUGGAGGUUACGGCGGAUACGGAUACGGCGGCUACGGCUACAAGGGCUAAAUGUAAAUCUUAACUGUGCAUUGCUGUGCUAUUCACUUCAUUUCGUGCCGGUUUGGCUUCGACAUCGAGUUCCUCUUCGAUUAAAAUGACUCCACGCAUGCGACAUCCCAGAGAUAAGUUUCGUGUGAAAUAUUUUGAUCGUAAACAUGACAGCUCGCACGAUACAGUGCUUCCUCUAUGCAAACAAAAUAAAAAAUAAAAAAAAGAUUGAAUCCUUGUAUGCGAGUCGUUGCUUGAUUACUGAUUAAAUAUAGCGUUGGCUUUCGGCGCUAGGCCCAAAAUCGUUCGAGUCAAUGGUAAAGUGUCUAAGGCCACGGCUGCGAAACGUUUGCUUUCUGCAGUUCUUCGAUAGCACGUAUAGACUGACUGCUGCACAGAGCUCACUAAAUUUUUUUUUAACGGACGAAUUUACAUAUCCCAGAUUUCUGGACAUCCUUCUUCGGAACUUCAAACCAACGCACAAGUGUACCUCAAUGGGAACAAACCUGUACCUCAACCACAGUACAAACAGACACAAUGGCAACAGACAACAGAAAACCUACCACCGAAGUCUACACACAGACCCCCACACGCCUGCCUGCACACACACAAGCUCAAACAGAGACCGAGAUCGAAUUAAGCCAGGCAUACGAUAAUAAACCGGCCGAACAGAAAAACACCCCACGCAAAUCUGCCCGCAAAAAGACAAGUAAAUGACAGACAUCGCAAAUCAAUAACUCUUCAAUGCCACGAAGCACCGAAUUCCUACAGGCUAGAAAACUUACCAAAAAACAUGCGAGCUACACCUCCCAUCUGAAAACCUACACAAUCUGCACAGAGAAAAAUAUAAUUCCUAAAGGUCUAACACUCAAGGCUGUACCAGCUCUAGGAACACUCCCACCACACCAUCGUGCA